UGCGUCUUACUUAAAGGAAAGACGAGCGUAUUUGUAUCUGUCAAAUGUUUUCACCGCCUUAUGAUCAAACUUUUAACUGAGGACAGAAUUUAAUUGAAAUAAAUUUAAUUUAAUUUAAUUUAAAUUACAAAUGUUGUUAAUGUAGGAUACAAUUUUUGUGCUUAUUAGUCAUUUCCGUUUACAGAAUUUCGGAGAAGUUUCUAGUAACUACUAACUACCGAGGAAUGUUGUAGAAUGUUCUGCACCGCCAGCUUGUUUCUAUAAAGACGGCAGUUGAAGCAGUCGGUCAAUCAAUACCGCUUGGAUUCUACGAUCGAGCGUCUGAAUUUUAGAAGUGUUUGCGAAGUUGGUGCCGAGUUUAAAGUAUCUGGAAUGUACAAGAUGUCUCUGGCUCCGUACUACCUGAGCGAGGUGCUGGACGAGCUCCAGCGGCCAGCGUCUCUGUUCGACCAGAACUUUGGCCUGGGCAUGUUGGCCGAGGACUUGGUGCAGCCGCGCAGCGUAGGGCCCCUGCGUAUCGGCUACUACCGCCCGUGGCGCCACCAGGCCUCCAGGCAGAGUGGUGUGUCCAACCUGCUGCGUGGGAAGGAAGGCUUCAAGGUAAACCUGGACGUGCAGCAGUUCAAGCCAGAGGAGGUGAGCGUCAAGGUGGUGGACAACUGCGUUGUGGUGGAGGGCAAGCACGAGGAGCGCCAGGACGAGCACGGCUACAUCUCGCGCCAGUUCACGCGUCGCUACGCCCUGCCCGACAACGUGGACACGGAGCAGCUGCUGUCCAGCCUGUCGUCGGACGGCGUGCUGACGGUCGCCGCGCCCCUCAAGCCCACGACACCGCCGCCCGCCAACGAGCGAGUGAUCCCGAUCGUGCAGACGCAGGCGCCGGCCGUGAAGCAGGCACCGAGCGGUGCCGGCGAUGCCAAGGGCAAGGACGGGGACAAGAUGGAGCAGUAGGCGGGGCCGCCUGCUUCCACUCAGUGCUUGUAUCUCCACGUUCUCUAUGUCGAUGUCUGUAGGUGCCCUAGCAGGCAGUGUAGGUUUUGUAUUUUAUUUCUGUUACAUCUACUUGAUGUGUUCUUUGCUUUCCAUUUUUGAGACUGAUAUGUGUGCAUUUGUUUAAAUGUGACCUGUAAUGUAAGACUGCUCUUAAAUAAGAAAUAAAAAAAAUUAAUGUAAUUAA